GGGUCGCGGGAGGGAGGGGGCCGGGCCCAGGCGAUUGGCGGCGCGCGCCCCGGAGCCCCCCCGCGCCCCCCCGCCUGCCCGUCCGCCCCGCCCCGCCCCCGCCACCAUCUGCUAGGGAUUUGGCGUCGGCGGCUCCGGGCGCUUACAGCUCCGGCUCAGGCUCGGGCUCCGGCUCCGGCUUCGGGUGCCGACCCAGUCCCUUCGGCCCCCGCUGCGCGCCCUCCAACCUGCUGCUGCCGCCGCCGCAUCCCCCAGGCUCUGCCAGGCGCCCGCGCUCUGAGCCCGGGGCCGGAUUCCCAUGGAAGCGCCGCGAUGUUCGCCCCCCGGCUGCUGGAUUUCCAGAAGACGAAAUACGCGAGGUACUCAAUAACCGCAUGUGGUUCGUGUCUACCAUAUUGAUAUCUUCUGUGGUGAGAGUAUUCCAAAUUAAUGCUGUGUGACAUUGCAAAAGAUGCUCUCCUUGGAGCCUCUGUUUCUCAAUGGAUGGAUGGGCCAGCUAAUUCCUAGGUUCUGUCCCAGAGUAUUUGAUGUUCAUGAACCACCGAGUCCCUGCCCACAAGAGGUACCAGCCCACAGAGUAUGAACACGCGGCCAACUGUGCCACCCAUGCUUUCUGGAUCAUCCCCAGCAUCCUGGGCAGCUCCAACCUCUACUUCUUGUCGGAUGACGACUGGGAGACCAUCUCUGCCUGGAUCUACGGCCUCGGCCUCUGCGGCCUCUUCGUGGUGUCCACCGUGUUCCACACCAUCUCCUGGAAGAAGAGCCACCUCAGGAUGGUGGAACACUGUCUGCACAUGUUCGACCGGAUGGUCAUCUAUUUCUUCAUAGCAGCCUCCUACGCGCCCUGGCUAAACCUCCGGGAGCUGGGCCCCUGGGCUUCCCACAUGCGCUGGCUGGUCUGGAUUAUGGCUUCCGUGGGCACCAUCUAUGUCUUUUUCUUCCACGAGAGGUACAAACUUGUGGAGCUUCUCUGCUAUGUUGUGAUGGGUUUCUUCCCUGCCCUGGUCAUCCUCUCCAUGCCCAACACCGAGGGCAUCUGGGAACUGAUGACCGGAGGGGUCUUCUACUGCCUGGGCAUGGUCUUCUUCAAGAGUGACGGGAGGAUCCCCUUUGCCCACGCCAUCUGGCAUCUCUUUGUGGCAUUUGGUGCUGGUACCCACUACUAUGCCAUCUGGAGGUACCUCUAUCUGCCCAGCACCCUGCAGACCAAGGUGUCCAAAUGAGGUGACCCAGACUCCAGAGGUCGUUUGGGCUUCAGGAGCGGAGCACCACAGGAAGCGUUUCUGCGAAUGUUAACCCAGAGCACAGCACCAAGGCCUGUCUUCCCUUCACUGGGUAGAGUUCUUCAUGGUUCUCAGGUGACUUUUGGUGCCAGCCAGAUCGGCCCUCGAGUCCCCAGCGAGAAAAGAAGCAUUUAGCCAUUCUUACAGAGAAGAAAUUAACCCUGUAAUGUGUUUCUAUUUUAGAUGAGUGUUUCCUAAUACAAGCAACAUUAACAUCUUUAGGAAAGGAAGCAGGCGUGGUCCUGGAAAAUUGGGGAAUGGUGAGCCAAUCUGUUUCUUAAGAUCCUGAGGAAUCUGGCAAGGAGUCCUGUGGGUUGUGUAUACCUGGUGGCCAGAGCCUCCCUCUCUGCUACCAAAGUCCAGGCUGGGGAAUUGUCUCCAGUUCAGGGAAAGGGGACAGCCCAGCUUGUAGAUGAGGGAUGGUGAAUGGCUGUGACCAUGGCAGACAUCACCAAUCAAGUGCAGCACGUGGGUGAUGUCAGAAUUCUUCCCAGUACAGUGUUCUGGGCAGCCAGUACCAAUCAAUUUGGCACUCACUAUGGAACCUCUUUGCCCUUCCUAUCUAGUAUGCUGUAAAUGGGAUCUUGGCCAGAGUAACUGAAAAUCUCCGUAUGGAGAUUUGCAUGCCUACCUCCUCAUCUCCCCCUCCCUUUUGGGAAGCUCCUGGAGUAGGCAGUUUGGGGGCAGUAGAGGGAAACUGAGGCACACACCCAUGCAGCCCGUGACAUUCUGUUCCACCGUAUUUGGUUCUCAGUAUAGUUGGGGAUGAGGAUGCUGUUACUUGGCCAUUUCUUCCCAUCUCCCAAAAUCCAGAGACGUUACAAGAGCCAGUCUUUUAUAAUAUGGGGCAAAUAUAAUAAUAUGGGGCACUUGCUCCCUGCUCCAUACUUAAGGUUGGUGAUGCAAACAUUUGGAUUCUGUCUUGGUGCCAAUCAGUGGCUGUUAGAGGUGACUCAAGUGUGCCCCAGAGGGAAGUCACACGGAUCUGGGGAGACUGUUCCAGAUCCCCUCAAACUCCAAAGUGCCCAGUAGCCCAACAACAAGACUUCCGAGGGUCUAUUAUUUAGUCCCUGUCAGGGCGGGGCCAGCCUCUCUGUCCAAUGCUGCCUGGAUGUUUACUGGGGAGGUGAGUAGCAGUCCCAGCUCCAAGACCUGAAUUGGAAUCUCAGAUUCUCUGGAUAAAGAAUUUGUCUCCAAUGGGCAAGGUGGCUCACGUCUGUAAUCCCAGCACUUUGGGAGGCCAAGGUGGGCGGAUCAUGAGGUCAGGAGUUCGAGACCAGCCUGGCCAACAUGGUGAAACCCCGUCUCUACUAAAAAUACAAAAAUUAGUUGGGCGUGGUGGUGUGCCCCUGUAAUCCCAGCUAGUUAGGAGGCUGAGGCAGGAGAAUCGUUUGAACCCAGGAGGCAGAGGUUGCGGUGAGCCAAGAUUGUGCCACUGCACUCCAGCCUGGGCAACAGAGCAGUGAGACUCUGUCUCAAAAGCAAACAACAACAACCACAAAUCUGUCUCAAGUCAGGAGGUCCUCAUUCAGAGUGGGGUGGGCACAAACAGGAUGCCUUAUGCCUAUCUCUAGCACAUUCCAGGGGGUUCUGGGGCUCCUACACCUGGAAUCCUGUGUAUCCAAGCCAGUGUUAAAUCAUCUCGACACAUUCCAUAGACCAGAUGGCUUCUGAGCUGGGAGAUGCUGUGUGAAUAGCUUUUGUCUUCCUGCCCAUUUGUGUCUGUGUAUAUGGUGCAUGUGUAUGCACACGUGUGCCUACACAGUCACUCCUAAUGCCUGGAAGCUGUCUUCAGUAAGCCUGCCCUGUGGAGCUCACCAAAUAUUUCCUGCCAGCUGGGGUCAGGGCUGGAGGUCAACAGGGAAAGUUUUUCAGGGGAGGGCUGACUGGGGAGAGACUUGCUCCCAAUGGGGACAAAAACACUGAAAACUUGACCUCUGCCUGGGCCUGGGGCUGGGAGAGGGGGUUCUGUGGGUUCUGGGGUGCUGUUUAGGAGACCUCCCAAAGCAUGCCAGGCUAAGAUAAAAAUCCUGUCAUCAAGAUGCUGAUGGAGGCCAAAGCACCUUCCUGGGACCAGUGAAUUGGGACUCCUCCCUCCCUCCCUCUCUCCCUCUCUUCCACCCUCCCUCUCUCCCUCUCUCCCUCUCUUCCACCCUUCAUUCCUUCCCCCUCCCCUUCCUUCCUUCUUUCCUCUUCCUCCUUCACUUCUUCUUCUCCUUCUCUUUCUUCUUUUCUUCUCCUCCUUCAUCUUCUUCCCCCUUUCUUCCCCUUCUCUGCUUUCUUCUUCUAAGAUACUUUGACUUAUUUCCCUAUCUGGAUGACUUAGGACUUCUUUAGUGACUCCAUAGCCACUGCUGACUACUCUGCCUGGCACCUGCGCUUCCUGUGCCCCCUCCUGCUGGGCAUCUGGGCUUGCAUUUUUCCCCAGGACAGCCUGCCCCUUCACGCCCCUGGAUCUUUGGAGGUGCUGGUCCUGCUGGUGGGAACUCUAUUGUUCCUCUUGUCCACCCAACUUGCUCCUACUCAUCCUUCAAAACCCAGCUCAGGCAUCAGCACUGGGGAACUUCUGGCCUUCCUCUGACUUGGGGGCACCUCCUCUGCUUCCUGCCAGGCUCCUGCCCUCCUGCAUCACGGCUCGGAGCCCCGUCCUUCAUCACACAGGUACUUGAGUCGGUCCCAGACCUGGGAGCUCCUGGAGGGAGGGACUGAGUCUUGCUGUACUUGGAAUCGAAUCCAGCAUAACUCCAGCAUUUAGACAGUUUCCUAACCUCUCUAAGCCUCCGUGUUCUCAACUGCUAAAUGGGCAUAGUAAGGCAGCACUUUGCCGGCUGCUUGAAGAUGCAGCAGGAUAAAAAAUGCACAACACCAGCCUGCUCUCCCUAUUAGUUCUGUUGGCUUUCCAAUAGAAAACAACCCCGAUCCUGAAGAUGACACAUUUUCAGGGGUGUUGGCCAAAGGAAUGAAUCACUAAUGGUGGAAUUUCCAACUAUAGCUAGUCUGGUGAGAACAUGAAGGGCAUUCCGAAGGGUUUUGGCCACAUUUUCCCCCCUCAUUCCAAUUCAGGACAUGCUUCCCAUGAGCCUUUUCUCUUUCCCAGCAUCAUUCUGGAAGAGAUUUUCCCAGGAUUCCAUUUUACCCAAGCCCAGACCCUGGAUGUCCUCCGGAGGCUUUGGAAGGUAGUGCAGGAAAGGCAAAGAAGUUUUCCUAGGCCAUUCUCUCCCGUGGGCAAGUCCCCGUCCUGGCAGCAUUCUAGGCUGUGCAUGGGGUGUGUGACAUAGAGAGGGGUGCCGAGCAUGGUGGCUCACGCCUGUAGGGCUGAGAUGGGUGGAUCACCCGAGGUCAGGAGUUCGAGACCAGCCUGGUCAACAUGAGGAAACCCCAUAUCUACUAAACAUGCAAAAAUUAGCUGAGACCAGACGUGGUGGCUCAUGCCUCUAAUCCCAGCACUUUGGGAGGCUGAGGCAGGUUGAUCACCUGAGGUCAGGAGUUCGAGACCAGCCUGACCAACAUGGUGAAACCCUUUCUCUACUAAAAAUAGAAAAUUAACCCGGUGUGGUGGUGGGCACCUGUAAUUCCAACUACUUUGGAGGCUGAGGCAGGAGAAUUGCUUGAACCCAGGAGGCAGAGCCAAGAUCAUGCCACUGCACUCCAGCCUGGGCUACAAGAGCCAAACUCUUGUCUCAAAAAAAAAAAAAAAAAAAAAGUGAGGGUGCCCACUGGAAAUUCAGACAGUAGCACUCUCUCCUUUCCGUCCCCGGGGCCGUGAUGUUCCUGGUGACCCAGCAGAGCUGUGAUCAUGUCUUAGGAAGGCAGCAGGCUGGCCUGUGUGACAUUCUGGGCUUGCCAGCAUCUGCACCCGUGCUCAGUGCGCACUCCCAGGGCAGGAUGAGUGAUGACUGGCAGGAGUGGGGCAGGGUCCUGCUCAGCGGACUCACAUUUGGGAGGGCAGCUGAAUUAGUGGCCCCGGGAAACACACCUCCCAUUCCCUGGCCGCGUGCCCAGCUGGGAGGACUUCCCUGUAAGGCCCAGAUAGAGCUUGGCUAGGGCUGUCCCCAGGGUUGACAGCCUUCUGGUCAGGGAAGGGUUUGAGUCAGUGUCACAGACCAGAGCUGCCUUUCCCACUGGAUUAGAAGCUGAAGGUGCAGUUUGAGCUGUGCUGAGCCUUCUCUGUUCCAUCAGCAUCAGGCUCCGCUGGGGAGAAUCCUAGGAUAGCGCUUGAGGGUGGGGAGUGGGAAGCAGAGAUGGAAAUUGCGAGUGGGCCCAGACUGGAGACCUAAAGCCACCUUGGUAGUGGACGGGACUGUGCACAGUGCAUGGUGGGAUGACAGCACUGAAGGCUUGCAGAACACUUUUACAGUCCCUGGUUUUCUGUUUCCCAAACUAACUUCCCUUCCCUCCCCUCCCCUCCCCUCUCCUUUCCUUACCUUUCCUUUUUUUGAUGGAAUCUUGCUCUGUUGCCCAGGCUGGAGUGCAGUGGUGCAAUCUCGACUCACUGCAAUCUCUGCCUCCUGCAUUCAAGUGAUUCUCUUGCCUCAGCCUCUUGAGUAGCUGGAAUUACAGACAUGCGCCACCAUGCCCAGCUAAUUUUUGUAUUUUUAGUAGAGACGAGAUUUCACCAUGUUGGCCAGACUGGUCUCAAACUCCUGACCUCAGAUGAUCCACCCAUCUCAGCCACACAAAGUGCUGAGAUUACAGGCAUGAGCCACCACACCCCAAAUUCUCUGUCCCAUGUCAGUUUGCAAAAGCUACAGAGCCCUUUCCUCUGUAGCCGAUGCCUGAGCUGCUGCUACUGGGCUCAGGAAGUGGGAGGUGGGGGCAGUUUGGGCUGCUAAGUGUGCCCACUGGCUUCAUGCACUGCAGGGGAUGAGAAGGUGCAGGUGGAGCUCAAAGGGUCAAGAGAUAGGCACUUACCAAAUUUGCCACCAUGUACAGUGUAACCAGAUGCUGAAAUGCAGGCUCUGGGGACAGCAUCUGUAGGAUUCAGAAAGAGCAGUGACAAUCCCAGCAGCCACUCCCAGUGAGCAUGCUGACGUCACAGGCAUGGUGUUCAGCAGGUGUGAAGAGAAAGAGCUGGAAGCUGGAGCAGGCAGAGGCUCACCUGUCUGGGUCUCCUCCAGGGUGCCGGUCUUCCUUGGUGGUUUUAUAGAUGCUCUCUUCACUGAUUCACACAGACUCCCCCAUGGAGUAAGGAUAAUUUGCCGAUAUUAAAAAGCAAGAAGCCAAACCCCAGAGAGGUUUGGCGAUUUUCCCAAAGGCACCCAGCUUCUAACCAGCAGAGCAAAGCAAUGAAGCCAGGACUGUCUAACACCCAAGCCUCCUGCCCUUGGCCAGACCUGGCUGCUUGCAAGGAAACCCACUGCCUCCAAAUAUUUUGCCCAGGGAGGAAAAUUGACCUUCAAAAAAAAUUAAAGAAUCUUUUUUUUUUUUGGCAGGGCACAGUGGCUCACACCUGUAAGCCCAGCACUUUGGGAGACCAAGGUGGGAGGAUUACUUGAAGUCGGGACUUCGAGACCAGCCUGGUCAACAUGGCGAAACCCUGUCUCUAUCAAAAAUAUAAAAGAUUAGCUGGGGUUGGUGGCGCAUGCCUGUGAUCCCAGCUACUCAGGUGGCUGAGGCAGCAGAAUUACUUGAACCUGGGAGGCAGAGGUUACAGUGAGCCAAGAUCACGCUACUGCACUCCAGCCUGGGCGACGCGACAGAGUGAGACUCUAUGUAAAAAAAAAAAAAAUAAUAAUAAUAAUGUGUUUUAAAACCUCUGGUGUGUAGCAUUGCCAGUUUCCAUGGUGUAAACACUCAUGCCAGGGCCAAUUCUGUGCAGCCGCAGAGGCAUCGCUGAGGAUGAAAAGGGACGUAUAUAAUUGACAGUCGCAAAUGCUGCAAGCCAGGUGCAGGCUGCUGCUGCUCCGCCACCUCCCAGUCAUACCUCUCACGAAGCCCGGCCAGGGAAGUCAGGUGCAAAGUUGGUGACAACAAAUCCAGCCCCAAAGGGUCCCUGUGUGGGGCCAGUUCUGUCACUGAGACGCUUAGGAACUGCAUCGUAGGCGUCCAGAGUUUGGUGCCAGGUGGACCUGAUCCAAAUCCAGCUCUCCAUAGACCAGUGUGCAAGACCCUUGGGCCAGUCCCUUAUCCUCUCUCUGCCUCAGUUUUCUGAUUUAUGAAAUGGAGAUUACCAUCCACAAGUGCUUUACACACAGGGUUUGAGUUUUUCUGUUUGGUCUUUAUUUAUUUAUUUUUUGAGACAGAGUCUCGCUCUGUCACCAGGUUGGAGUGCAGUGGCAUGAUUUCGGCUCACUGCAGCCUCCACCUCCUGGGUUUAAGUGAUUCUCCUGCCUCAUCCUCCCAAGUAGAUGGGACUAUAGGCAUGCGCCACCACACCCAGCUAAUUUUUAUAUUUUUAGUAGAGACAGGGUGUCACCACGUUGGCCAGGCUGGUCUCGAACUCCUGACCUCGUGAUCCGCCCACCUCAGCCUCCCAAAGUGCUGGGAUUACAGGCGUGAGCCACCGUGCCCAGCCCUUAUUUGGUUUUUAAAAUUUUAUUUGUUUAUUUAUUUAUUGAAGCAGAUUCUCUGUCACCCAGGCUGGAGUGCAGUGGCAUGAUCUCAGCUCAUUGCAACCUCUGCCUCCCAGGUUCAAGAGGUUCUCCUGCCUCAGCCUCCCAAUACCUGGGACUACAGGUGCCCACCACCAUGCCUGAUUAAUUUUUGUAUUUUUAGUAGAGGUGGGAUUUCACCAUGUUGGCCAGGUUGUUCCCAAACUCCUGACCUCAAGUGAUAUGCCCACCUCGGCCUCCCAAAGUGCUGGGAUUACAGGUGUGAGCCACCGUGCCCAGCCUGUAUCCCACUUUUAAAGUAUCUUUUCAUGUUAUUUCAAGCUCUUUGUAAAGCUUAUUUUAAAAGUUUACAUUAAAAAAAAAAGUUUACAUUGAAUGGAUGUGCCACAAUUUAUUUUGCCAUUUUUGUAAUUCAGGAUGUAUUUGUAUAUGUGUGUAGAUAGUCUGUAAUGAGGAUAUUUUGAUAUGAAGCCGAUCCCUCCAUUUUUUUUUCCCGAGAUGGAGUCUUGCUCUAUCCCCUAGCCUGGAGUGCAGUGGCAUGAUCUCAGCCCUCUGCGACCUCCGCCUCCCAGGUUCAAGCUAUUCUCCUGCCUUAGCCUCCUGAGUAGCUGAAAUUACAGGCAUGAACCACCAUGUCCAGCUAAUUUUUUGUAUUUUUAGUAUAGAUGGGGUUUCACCAUGCUAGCCAGGAUGGUCUCGAUCUCCUGACCUUGUCAUCCACCCACCUUGGCCUCUCAAAGUGCUGGGGUUACAGGUGUGAGCCACCGCACCCUGCCCAACCCUCCAUAUUUAAGGUAUUUUUCCUAGGGCACAUUAAGAAAUUAGGUAUAACUUGACUUCUGCUGACUGUACCCCCAGCCAGGGUUGCCAUUCCGCCUGCUGUCACUGGACUGACCAUUCUCCACACUUAGCACUUGUCUGCAUUCCUGUGGAGUCUGGACAUUCAGGGAGCUACUGCCAGAGAGCUGGUUUAUCUGGAAGAUCUAGAACAGUUAACUCUGGCACCAAGAGCAAGGUGUGGAGGGGAGGAGGCAAGAGGACUCCUGCCCUUGUCCUACUGCUGACCUGGUGGGCGGCAAAAUAGGGAAUAUGGGUUGUGGAGGGGACACUGCUGGAGGGAGAGCCACGAGGGGUUUAUGUGAGGAGGAUAUCCCAUCCUGUCUCACGUUGCUUCACUGCUAGGGUGGGAAAUGAGGAGUCAUUGAAGGUAUCAGUGUUCUUACAUCCUUAGGAUGCCCUGGAGACCGAUUGUUACAUAUUCGGGCUUUAAAGUCAUUAAAGGACUGGUAGGAUGAAAUUAACCAGGGUGCGAGUAUUUACACCAUGGCGAUUUGCGAAUGCUACACAUCAGAGCCUCGUGUUUUUGGAGAGCUAAUUUGCAGGCACACCACAUGCUGUACCACAUGCUCACGUCUCUGCACACCGUCCUCCUGACUAGUAUAACAGAUAAUAUAUGCACUCAUGAACAUGCACACAUUCACAUCUCUGUUCUUGUAUUUUGCUCUUCCAAAACCUGGCAAGAUGAAAUUGCCCUUUUAUUUGUUUAUUUAUUGAGAUAGUCUCACUCUUUCGCCCAGGCUAGAGUGUGAUGGCACGAUCUUGGCUCACUGCAACUUCCACCUCCUGGAUUCAAGUGAUUCUCCUGCCUCAUCCUCCUGAGUAGUUGGGACUACAGGCAUCCACCACCAUGCCUGGCUAAUAUUUGUAUUUUUAGUAGAGACAGGGUUUCAUCAUGUUGGCCAGGCUGGUCUCAAACUCCUGACCUCAAGUUAUCCACUCACCUUGGCCUCCCAAAGUGCUGGGAUGACAGGCAUGAGCCACUCAGCCGAAAUUACUGUUUUCCUGCUACAUGAGGACACUGUGGUUGCUCAGCCAGGGAAGUGACUUGUCCAGGGUCAUCUAGCUGGUGCAGGUGAGGCCUGGAAUUCAGCUCAUGGUCCUUGGGAGUCGCAUGCUUCUUCUUUCCACAACACCAGGCUUGUUUGCUCCCAGAUAGGCAAGCAGGUAAAAGCCAUUUCCCUAAGUCCUCCUAGCAACCUGUGUCCUGAUUGCUGGAUCCCUGAUUUUGUCAGUUCUUCCUGAGCUGUGAGAAGUCUGAGGAUACAAACGCUGAUGUUCUCUGCCUGUGCCUCCCAUCAAGCCACCGCAGGGAACUGGAAAAGGCUGGAAGUCUCUCUGGUGGGCAAGGACACUUUGUGCCCAAAGCCUCCUGUGCAGCCUAGCAGCCUUUGCAACCUGAGCUCUGGGAAAGCCUUUUGUUUUGGGGGCUUGACUGGGCAGAAAGGAGGCCGUGGACCGUGGGUCUGUCUCCUAUAGCAUCCAUCUCUGUGCAGAGCUUUCUCCACCAGCACCCACAUGAUAAAGGGCAUUUAAAUACCUUAACAAGGCUAUAUCUAUAUAUCUAUAUCUACAUCUCUAUAUAUAUUUUGAGAUGGAGUCUCGCUCUGUUGCUCAGGCUGGAGUGCCAUGGCCAAAUCUCAGCUCACUGCAACCUCCACCUCCUGGGUUCAAGCAAUUCUCUGCCUCAGCCUCUCGAGUAGUUGGGAUUACAGGCGCACACCACCACGCCCGACUAAUUUUUGUAUUUUUAGUAGAGAUGGGGUUUCACCAUCUUGGCCAGCUGGUCUUGAACUUCUGACCUCGUGAUCUGCCUACCUUGGCCUCCCAAAGUGCUGGGAUUACAGGUGUGAGCCACCAUGCCUAGCCGGCAAUAUUUUAUUUAAAGACUUAUGAGUGUGUACAUAGAGAAGUGAGUGUUUUUAUCCCUUGGGCAUUUUGGGAUGAGGAUUUGGGACUCGGCGCAGCCAUGACGGGUUAUCACAGGUCUGUGAGCGGAGGUCCCUCUGCUCACACGCCUGCAGCUUGUCCUGACAACUUUCGCUUUGCAAAUCUGGCUUCCUGAUGGACAUUCAAAUGGGUUUUUGCCCUUGUUGCUGUGUUUAAAAAGGAGGGUGCGGCGGGUGCGGUGGCUCACACCUGCAAUCCCAGCACUUUGGGAGCCCAAGGUGGGUGGAUCACCUGAGGUCAGGAGUUUGAGACCAGCCUCACCAACAUGGCGAAACCCCGUCUCUACUAAAAAUACAAAAAUAGCUUGGUAUGGUGGCACAUGCCUACAAUCCUAGCUACUCAGGAGGCUGAGGCAGGAGAAUCGCUUGAACCUGGGAGGUAGAGGUUGCAGUGAGCCGAGAUUGUACCACUGCACUCCAGCCUGGAAAACAAGAGCAAGACUCUGUCUCAAAAAAAAAAAAAAAAAAAAAGAAGGUGCUACAUCUUGGCUGGGCCAGCAGCCCUUACAGGGUGGGUGUUGGGUUUAUCUGUAUAUCAUGUGACUCGCCCAUUUCAUCACCUGGGGUUCAGGUGGCAAAGGUCAGCGUCUUCUGUUUACUACCAUAGGGCAGUGUUCUUCAAGCCUUUUUGAUGAAGAACCAUACUAAGAAAUAAAUUUUCCAGACUGGGCACAGUGGCUCACGCCUGUAAUCCCAACACUUUGGGAGGCCAAGUCAGGCAGAUCACAAGGUCAGGAGUUCGAGACCAGACUGACCAACAUGGUGAAACCCCAUCUCUAGUAAAAAUACAAAAAAAAAUUAGCUGGGCAUGGUGGCACACACUGUAAUCCCAGCUACUCAAGUCGCUGGUAGGAGAGUCGCUUGAACCUGGGAGGCGGAGACUGUGGUGAGCCGAGAUCGUGCCACUGCACUCUAGCCUGGUGACAGAGUGAGACUAUCUCAAAAAAAAAAAAGAAACAGGGCUGACUUCGGUUUUGGUGAUGUGCUCUGAUAUUUGCUGUCUUAUCCUGUCCUAGCCUCAUCUAUUUUGGGUGCUACAACCAAAAUGCCAUAGACUGGGUGGAUUAUAAACAACAGGAGUUUAUUUCCUAUGGUUUUGGGGGUUGAGAAGUCCCAGAACAAGGAACUGGCAAGUUCAGUGUCUGGUGAGGGCUGCUUCCUGGUUCAAAGGUGGUGUUUUCUCAUUGUGUCCUCCCAUGGCCAACACAAUGGGCAAAGCAGCUCUCUCAGGCCUCCUACGUAAGGGUGCUAGUCCCAUUCAUGAAGGUGCAGCCUCCCUGACCUAAUCACCUUCCAAGGGCCUCCCUCCCUCCCUCCCUCCCUCCUUUCUUUCUUCUUUCUUUCUCUCUCUUUCUCUCUUCCUGCCCGUCUCCUUUCCUUUCCUUUCCUUCUUUCCUCCCCUCUCCUCCCCUUCCCUCCCCUCCCCUCCAAGUCUCACUUCAUCGCCCAGGCUGGAGUGCAAUGGCACAAUCUUGGCUCAACCUCCGUCUCCUGGGUUUAAGUGAUUCUCCUGUUUCAGCCUCCUGAGUAGCUGAGAUUGCAGAUGUGCGCCAUGGCACCCGGCUAAUUUUUGUAUUUUCAGUAGAGAUGGGGUUUCACCAUGUUGGCCACUUCAAGGCUGGUCUUGAACUCCUGACCUCAAAUGAUUCACCUGCCUUGGCCCCCUCCCAAAGUGCUAUGAAUAUGCCUGGCCCAAACGCUUCGUUUCUUAAUACCAUCACUUUGGAGUUCGGCUUUCAACCUAGAAUCUGGAGGGACACAAACCCUAGCACCAUCCAGUCUUAUCCUAUCCUAUCCCAUCGUAUGUCAUUGUUUCAAGUUGCUGGUUGCAACCCACCAAAUUGCUCUGAUGCCCCAUGAGCGGGUCUGAAUCCUCAGUUCUGGAAGCUGUUCUUGGUGGUACAUUCCCAGAAAGCCACAGUUGCUGAUAAUAGGUGCUUAGUGUCUAUUUGCUGCGAUCAGCAGGGCUCAACAUGGUGUCAUACCUUGUGAGCCAGAGGGCCCCCAGGCCAUAUGGGGACAGGUAAGGAGAAAGAAAUUAGGAGCUUCCAAGAAUCUGGUUACCUAGAAGCCUGACCCCACUGGGAGGAAUACAGGGUCACAUUUUAUGGGCUCUUGUUUCGGUGUUGGCUACAUUCAUGGGGGACCUUGGGGCUGAGUGGUCCUAGAGACUCAGUGGGCUGCGUGGCCCUGAGCCUAUACCAGCAUUAGGUCAGGAGGGUUGAGAAGGCAGGAGAAAGAGAUUAAAUAGGCCAGGUGCGGUGGCUCAUGCCUGUAAUCCCAGCACUUUGGGAGGCUGAGGUGGGCAGAUCACUUGAGGCCAGGAGUUCGAGACCAGCCUGGCCAACAUGGUGAAACACCAUCUCUAGUAAAAAUAUGAAAAUUAGCCAGGUGCAGUGGCAGGCACCUGUAAUCCCAGCUACUCAGGAGGCUGAGGCAGGAGAAUCACUUGAACCGGGGAGGCGGAGGUUGCAGUGAGUUGGGAUUGAGCCACUGCACUCCAGCCUGGGUGACAGAGCGAGACUCCCUCUCAAAAAAAAAAAAAAAAAAAAAAAAGAAAGAAAGAGAUUAAAUACACUGGAGAAAGGAGGGCACCCAAUUUUGGAAAGGCUACUCUGCCUCCCCAAGCAUUUUCAAAUUUCAGGCUCUGGCAUUCAUAGAAUGCACUGCCCACCAGUCCUGUUUACACUGCCAGUUUCCGCUAGGAGCUCUUCCACUUCUGCAGGUGCAGGCCUUGCUGCUUCUUAAGGCCUUUCUCUGGGGUGGGGGGACGCAGAAACUAUAUGAUUGUCUUUCAUAUUCACUUUUAUAGACCUGUGAUAUCUACAACGUCUGAGCGUGGCAUUUGCAGCAUGACUUUUAAAAAAUCCUGCUGGUGUUGGACCUUUUCUGUGUUUGUGAAAUUGCUAUUUUGUAUUAACACAGUAUUUGGUAAACAUUUGUAUUAAGAAGAAUAAUCCCUCUGCUGAAUGUUAUUGUUUCCAAUGGAGUAGAAAGAACUUAAAUUUAAAAAAAAAUCAAGAUGUUUCACUCUUGCCUAAUAGUCUUUUUAAAAAAUAUAUAGAAAGGAAAUAAAAAGAUUUAUAAAAAGAGAAA